AUGUCCGAGCCACAGAACCUCUCACGUGCGGCUGCGUUCCUGGUGGAGGGCUCCGUGUUUCUGAACUGGAUAACAGAGCAGUCCGCGGGAUCGCAAAGUCUGGUGACGCAGCUCACCGAUCGCACCGUGUGGGACAAAGUGACAGAUCGAACGACGGUUCUGGUGGAUGCCCCGUUCAUCGGCAUCUGCGGGGCUGUGCACAUGGAGGAGCUCAUACGUGCCUUGGGGGAGGCGGAUCCUCUAGGACUACGGGAACGGCUGCUCGUCAUGUACGAGCACCCACGUUUCACCCGCAGUGCUGAACUGUGCGAAGCGUGCGCGCGAAUCCCCGGGCCUACCUUGCACGGUUACUUGGCCGAGUCUUUCUGGUCCCUGCAUCGCGUGCACACCCCUGCUCACAAGCUCUCUGAGUUCACAACGGACCUGAACUAUUCUUGGUUGUUCUACUCGUGGAGCCCGGAGGCUGCUUCAACUUUUUGGGAGAACUUCGACACGUGCGCUGCAAAGAAGGCUGGAAAGCGCAAGACGCGCCAUUUUCGUCUUGCCUUGCCCCUGCACAAUCUGCAACAGAAGGCUUGCGGCACGGAGCCGGACAGGUGGAAUCUUCGCAUAUCCUCGAAUGCAGCUCGUGCGAGUUUGCUCUUCAGUGACUACAUGGACAAGGUGUUCGAGCGCCUAGACAUUCUGCGCAAGAAGGAUGCUCCUGCGCCGCCGGCGCCCAAAGCCGUAGCGCGUGGGUCGGCUGCUGACAUCAAGGCGCUGCUCGAGAUGAACUCUGUUGACGACGUCAGUGCAGGUGUAGAUGUUCAACACCUGUUCACGGCAGCACGUGCCGUUUGCCUCCCUAGGGAAUUAGGGGCUCGAGUGGUUUGA